AUGUUGAUGAAACUGAUUGUCAACGUUUUCGAACGAGCGAAAUCCAAGUUAACAUUAGCGCAUUCGAAUGAGAGGAUUUCGUCAGAAUCCGAUCUGGACAGCACUGAUUUCGAUUUCAAACCGAACAAGUACAAAUCUUCGUCGGGAACUUUUUGCGUUCGACAACAACCUCGUUCAUCAGCUUCUAAAUGGCUAUGCACAACUCCGACAACAAUCGAUAAAUCGAUCCUAUCGACAAGAUCAACAAGAGUACGUCGGAGUAGUUCAUGGCGGUCGUUGAAAGAGCGCAGUACUAAUCCGAUUAGUUCAAGAACAUUAUCUGUUGAUGAACUUCAUCGAAAUCAUAAACAAUCUCACAAAACAAAACGCAACGAUUUUUUUCAUUCUUCAAUCCUCGAUGUAUCGCAUAAACGUCAGAAAUCUCCAAAUGGUGCUAAAAGUUCUAUGCGUUUCGAUCGUUUAUCGUCUACGCUUGUUCAAUACACCGAUCCGAACAGGAAAACGCUUCGUCGCGCGAGUCGUCAACAAAAUGACCAGCAAGGCUUCUCGACUUUGUCACGUUCGAGUGGCGGCGGAGACUCUGGCUAUUCAGAAGAAAGCUUCGCUACACGAUCAUUUCGACGACCGUUGCACACAUCGUGCCCACAUUGUCACUGUGAACGACGUUCAUCAUUCAACAACUACAAAAAAUCGCGAGAGAAUUCUUCAACUGAAUCAUCGCCAUUCGAUAAAGAAAACCUUUUAACUAGCCAAUCUUACCCACAUAUAAAGCCCUUACCGAAAGUACCUUCGCAACCUCAGCAGAAACUUACGCGAACACUUGAUGAAAAACGGCGACGAAAUUUGUCAUGCGACGGUUCACUUUGGACAAGACUGCCAACGCAAAAGACAACGAUGAUGACGUCAUCUCCAGUUUUCUCCGAGCCAAAUCACCAAUUUACCACGAUCGACAUGUCAUCAUGUCAUUCAAAAGUGCCUUCGCCACAAACGAAUCCAAAUAUGUUUGGUGAACUUAAUUUGGCUGCUAUUGAACUCGAUUCGUUGCGUACAUCACUGUCAUCCUCGUCUUACUCAUCUUCAUCUUCGUCCUAUUCGAUUAAUAACGAUAAACAGCUAAAACGUACGUUUCUCGUCUGGCACGGAUAUAAAAAUUCUGCAUUGCUGUCGACCACUCAUGGGCCCAAGAUCUUCUCCGUACGACGAGGCGAUCAAGUUCGCUUAUUAAAACGUAUCGGUAAAUCCACGUUAUUAGUCGAAAAACAAGAUGACGGCGUCAUUGGUUUCCUUCCUCAGACAUGUCUGGCACAGCAUCAAAUAAACUCGUUCUUAUCUCUGAAAGGUUUACGCGAAACUGUUUUAUAA